CUGUCAGUAGCAUAACAAUAACAUUGUGCUCGGUAAGCUUCGCCACGAUGGAGCUCUCGGGUGUAGUUGUGUUAGCCCUAGUUAGCUAUGUGACAUGCACGCCAUACGGAUAUGGUGUUAAAAGUGGUGCAGUAGCGAGAGCUGAAGCAAACGCAGCAUCCGGUGCAUAUGAAGCUUUGCCUGCGGUUCCCCUUAGUAUUCCAAGUGGAAAUGGGUAUUCUGGAAGUUUCUCCAAGUCUUCAUCAUCCAGUUUUGCUUCUUCAAGUUCAAGUUCAAGCUCCAGUUCAAGUUCAUUUAGUUUUGGCGGAAGUGCAGCUAAUGGUGUAGCGGGAAAUAGUAUACCAUCGACAUUACACGGUGCACCUAGUAUUAAUAAUGGUAUCGGAGGUGGUGCUUCAGCUGCAGCUGUUGUCAGUUCUCUUGCCGGAUCUACACCACUCUCGCAAAAUGGAUUACCUUGCGGGGGAAAUAAUUGUAAUAACGCUGGAAUUACAAACAGUAAAUGCUCGUCAAAUAACUGUGGAUUGAGCGGAUAUCAACACAAUUCGAAUGAUAAUAAGAAUUGUUUAUCCGGACAGUGCCAACCAAAUUCAGAAACAUCAAAUUCUCCGACAAUCCAACAAACGGACUUGAACGAUUUUGAAGUUAAUAUUGGUGGGAAAUCUAAAUCUAGUACCAAUUUAGGCGGUCAAACGUCUGGUUAUGAUAAAAUCGGAUACCAAAAUUCUCAGAAUGACUGUUCCAAUGGGAAAUGUGCCAUAAGUACUAAAGAAGCAUCCGCUAUACCUACAACAUCGACACAUCAUAACCAAAAACCCUCAUUAAAAAACUGUGACUCUCCGGAUUCUGGAUGUGAUAUUCUUAUUCCUCUGGCACCCUCGGGAAGUGCUGUUUCAACUAAUCCUCAAACACCCUCUAUUCAUUUAACUACUCCUAAUGUUGGACCAGCUUGCUCCACUCACAAUUGCAAUCCUGCUUUAACCAGUGCCAAUUUAAACAAUGGAAAACCCUCAAGUUAUCAUGUUCCUAUUCUUGGUGCAAACCCAAGUGUAGAAUCACCAAAUUAUCAUAGCAAUACAAAUCCCACAGGGACCUUGUAUAAUUUACCAUCUACUACACCACCAAAACCUGAUAUAAUGCACAAAAUCCCUAGCUAUUCAGAUGGAAUUUAUUCUUCUCAAUUACCAAGUAGCUCCGCUGGGUCUCCAAAUUGUAAUGGACAAAACUGUGAUUCAAUUAUUAAUCUAGCUUAUCAAGCUCCAUCCAAUCCUUCCUGUAACAGACCUAAUUGUGGUGUCCACCCAAAUUAUUCAGGACCCACUCCACAAGCUAGCUUGGUAAAGCCUGGAAAUGCUAAACCUGAAAGUCAUGAUGGAUUUUUGAAACCAAAUUAUUACAACCCAACUGCACAUACAGGAUCUGAUGUUGCUCAUCCGGUAUCUUUAGAUACACCAAAAACAAACACAAAUAUUUUAACACCUAGUCAAAAUUCUCCGAGAUACACAGGUGGAUUUGGAGCCUCUAAUAAGCCAAUUGAUGGCAAUUUUGGACAUAUAAAUCCAAACAGUGGAUUUGGAACAUCAGGAGCGGAUGCACAUGGCAUAAAACUAGUACAUAGUUUGAUACCUUCUAGUCAGAGUAAGCCUUCGUAUACUGGUGGUUUUGGAGGUUCAUCGGGGUCGUUUGACACAAAUGCUGGUGCUGGAUCACAUUACCAAUCUAAGCCAGCUUCUAAUCCAAAUAAUGUGUCGCAUAAUAUUGGAAUAUCGGCUGGUUCUGGACAUGAUUCUACCGGGCUUACAAAACCAGAUUCCGUCUUACCUUCUAGUCAAAGUAAACCUUCGUAUGCUGGUGGUUUUGGAGGUUCAGCCGGGUCACUUGACACACAUACUGGUUCCGGUUCACAUUUUCAAUCCAAGCCAGUAUAUAAUCUAAAUACUCUGCCUCAUAAUACCGGUAUAUCGACUGGUUCUGAUUAUGAUUCUUCUGGUUUACCAAUACAAGAUUCCGGCUUUCCUUCUAGUCAAAAUAUUCCUUCAUAUACCUCAAGCGGAUUUGAGAGACCGGCUAGUCCAGCUGAAGUUAACCCUGGUGUAGACACACAUAAUAAUCCUCAUGUUGGAGGAGCGCCUGUAACUGGUUUACAUGGAACUUUUGGUAUAAAGCCAGAGUCUGGUGCGGGUACCAUUCAGAAAACUCCUAUAUAUACUGGUGGUUUUGGUGGAUCACCAGGCUCUUUUGACACAAGUUCUAAAAUUGGUACACAUGUUGAAUCGAAAAAGAACCAUGACAUAAUACCAUCUGGCCCUAAUACUGCAACAUCCAGUGGUGACCAUACAGGUUCCGUUGCAACAUCACACUCUGGAUCUGGUUCAUAUAAACCCCACGAUAUACAAAAACCAAGUCCUAGCCAUAUACCUGUCUCUAAUGGAUAUAGCGCCGAUGCAAAUAAUGCAUUAAAACCUGGUUUAUUUAAACCAGUUGAUGAAAAAACUAAAUUACCUCCAUACUUAGGUGGAUUUGGCGGUCCCUCAGGAAUACUUAAACCAAAUGAAUAUAGUGUGGCAUCUAAUCUCCCUACGUUACCUUCAGGUACACCUGCUUGUACAAGUGGAGUGUGCGGUUCGAAAACUCCUCACAGUUUGUCUAAUGAAAAGGAAAAUAUUUUAUCAAACGGAGCAUCUAAUGAUGCCACCGCUUCUGCUGCUGCGAAAGCAGUAGUUUACUCGGGAAGUUUUGGUGGCCCACCAGGCUUAUUUAAACCGUUUGAUAAUAAGCAUCCAACAAAUGAGCAAGGUGGACAUACUGGGCAAGUUAUAACAGGUGAACAUGAAAAGUCUUCAAGUGUAGUUAAUUCGGGACACGAUAAUACAUUUUUCGUAAAAGAUAAUGAACCCAGCGAUGUAAAUAAAGCUCAGGUUGAUUCAGGAAACACGGCUAACGCUGUAGCAAAUGCUAAUGCAGCAGCUUUUGCCAGCUCGAACGCGCUAAGUGCAAAUCAGGGUCUCAGUUCAUCCGGCUGCAAUUCUGGAUGUGAGUCUAAUUAUGAUUCUGGAACUGGAGGAAGUUAUGCUUCUAGCUUAGGCUCUACUAAAACCGGACUUUUAGCAGGACACGGAAGUCAAGUUGGCAGCUUAAGCUCUGCAAAUAGUGUUGCGGGUGCAGCUGCUGGAGCCUUUGGAGCGGGAAGAAGUUUUUCCAGUAGCUCAUCAUCGGCUCAUUCAUCCGCGGGUGCCGCAGUUAAAGGAGGUUAUGGGAGACGAUAAGAGAUACCUACAUAUCGACAACAUUCAGCGGAUUGCCUUCUAUUGACACAUAGUAGAAGAUAAAAAUCUUUGUUUAUUUGUUGUUCCAAUUGUUAUGUAUUAACGAAACAAGACUUGAGUAUUUUAAUGGCAAUGUAUUAUGACAUUAUGUGAUAAAUUCUUUUGUAAGAUAGAUAGAUAAUAAGUUUUUACAAUACUUUAAAAUUAAUUUCCUAAGACAUUAAUUACAUAUUUUAUAACAAUUGAAUUACAUUGUUGUAAUUGA